AUGCAGGAUGCUCUACUUGCUUCUAUUGCCACAUUCCAUACAAAGAAGAUAAUUCUUUCUGAUCUGCUCAAGUUUCCUUAUUAUGGAAUGAUUCCUGAAACCAUGUAUCGUGGUGUUGCAGAAAAGAGCAAUGUCUUGGCUGACUAUAGGAAACUUCCUCCUAUCGGACAGAGAGUUCUGUCUCCAGAGCAGCAAGCAGCUUUGGAUGCACAAGAAAAGCCUACCAACAAAGGAAAGAGGGUUUCAAAGAAAGAGGAUCCUGAGGAAUGUAAGUCCAAUUCCUCUAAAUGCAAGUCUGGUGAAGGCGAUACUUCUCAACCGAAACCGAAGAAGAUAAAGAAGAUGGCUCGCAGACCUAGAGGGAACACUCCUCCAAGCACAGAUAAUACAGAUGAGCAAAGUGAGGAAGAAGAGGUUCGUCAUGUCUCACCCCGAGAGCCCACUCCUCCACGAUCUCCUACCCCACCAGAAUCUCCAAAUCACAACAGAGUUCCAACUCCAACCCCAUCACCGAAACAGACUGUUCCACUUUCUGUUCCCACUGUUACUACACCCCUUACCACUCAAGCAACAAAUUUGACAACCCCACCACCAAUUACUUCAGUUCCUAUUUCUACUAUACCCUUAUCUUCUCCAAUUAUAACCGAAUCAAUAACCACUACCAUUCCCAAAUCCAUUGUGGAAGUUAAUGUAUCUGAUACAGGGGCUACUACUGUGACUGAAAUUCCAAUCGUUAACAAACUACCUUCACCAACCCCAUCAUCUGAUUCUGGUGCUACUCUUGGGGGAGACGAUGAGGAAUUUGACUCGAUUUACUACAGUCCUUACCGACUUCAAACCGAUGAUGAGACUGAUGCUCCUGUCUCAAGUCAACAAAUACAGAGCAUUCAUGAUAAGUUGGAUCGAUUGCUUGCUGAUAGCAAAGCCUAUGGUGGUAUUGUUCUUAAAGAAUUUCUGGAGACAGCCAUUGAGCAGUAUACUAUGGCAAUUCAUAAUUCUACGAAGGCAGUUAAUGAAUCUACCUCCACCUGUAAGCAGGCCACCAAAGACGUUUCUGAGAUUGUUCAUACAACUCAGAUUUUUCUUGAGUCGUUAAAGUCUCAUGCUGACACCCAUGCAACACACUAUCAAUCCUCUGUGGACUCCCUUUCUAAGUCCCUUCACGAUGAAACUACUAAGUUUGAGGCUGUACGCUCUGAGCUUAAAACAGAAACCACUUCUUUCUUAAACUCAGUGGAUUCUCGUUUUGAUGCUCUGGCUGCUAAUCUUGCAACAGAGAGUGCCUUGAAGGAGGAUUUGGCUAAAAAGCGAGCAACAAUUGAUGUUCAGAAAGUGCAGCUGGCCCAGGCGGAGAAAGAAAUUUCCUUGUUGAAAACUUAG